GGAAGGAAAGGGGGUGCAGUCCGAGAGGCGAUUUGGGGGAGCUGGGACCGUGAACGUGUGGACGUGGCAUUGGCCGAGGGAAAGCCUAGACUCGAGCUGCUGGCGGCACCGCAUUUGUUUAUUUGGGGGAAAAGAGGAGAGAGAGGAGCAGGAGGGGAAAGAAGAGAGUUCCAGUCGAAGUGGAUGGACGGGGACCGGGGUUUUGGCCACGCUGGGAGCCCGGAGGCGGGGCGCGGGGCGGCUGCGCCCCUCGGAUCGUGUCUCCUGGCGGAGGACUAGCCGGCGUGGGGACGGUCUGCGCCCCGAGGAACCAACUUGUGGCUCCCGAAUGCACCCGACGCAGCUGGGAAGGAGAUGAAAGCUGCGGUUUCAUUCCAGGAGGCUGCGAGGAGCCAGCAACGAGGGAUUCCUUUUCCGUCGCGCUUUCCUUCCCAUAGGAUUCUUUCCUCUGCCUAACCCGCGUCCUUCCCCCGCUUCGCCCUCCCCGUGUGAAAUUAAAGCACAGUUUGAACUCCUUUCGCCGAGGAGCCCCCAGAUCCGCCGCCCGCCGAUGGAGAGGAAGGGGACCCCGGGGUUAGCGGGGGCCACCGGCGAGGGAGCGCGUCACGCGUCUCCCCCAUGAUCCCGGCCCUGCUCCCCGAGUUCUGCGACACCUGCAGGAACCGGACGGGUGCCGGGGUGGGGGCGGGGACCGAGGCAGCCAGAGCCACCCGGAGCCUUUCAGAAAGAGAGAAAGAAAGUAGGGGGAGUGGAGGAUGGAUUUCUUCUUGACAGCUGAUGGAGCCCUGAAAUUUUCCUCCCCUACCUCCGCCCCCGCCCCCCGCCCUCCAUUUAACGUGAGAUUAUGAAAUUGCAGAGGCGGUGGAGGGAAGGAGACGGGAUCUAACAGGGCAUUUGGAGGGAGUGGGAAAGGUGGCUGGCCCGGUGGCUGAAAUUAAAAAAAAAAAAAUCCAAUUGCGCACUGGGUUGUGAUGAGAAAUCUAAUCAGAUCUUUGGAGAAGGGGCCGGCCAAGAGGGUGAUGAGUGGGGGGAGUUGAUCCCCACAUUCUCUGAAGGGGGUGGGGGUGGGGGGAGCUGGACAGAGGAAUCGGCGAUGUAAAAGGAGACUUUUUUCCCCGGCGGCGGUGGCAGUUGGGUGCCUUGCCAACAUGAAGGAUGCGGGACGCAGCUCCCUCUGGGAACAGAACGCGGUGGACGGUGCGGGAGAGCAGGAAGAGCCAAGCCUUCUCCCCUGAGACCUGGAUCUUCACACACAUGUGUCACUGGGCCCACUGGGAGCAUUGAAACAUGAAAUAGACCAAUGUCAGAGCCGCGGGAGUCGGUGUGCUCCGACAUAAAUAAAUAAUAAACCGCUGCUCCCCCCUCCCCUCCCCAAAAAGGAUGAUUGGAAAUGGAGAACCGAGGAGCCACACAAAAAAAGUAUGUUCGUUUUUUUCUACACAGGAGAAAGUAAGCCAAGGAUAUAUAUUUUUGGAAUGAAAAGUUUGGGGCUUUUUUUUUUUUUAGGAAAGUAAAGACCUGAUAUGGUGGUGUUUUCGAGGAAAUUAAUAAUCCAUCCGCAAAGAAAUUGUGGAGAAGAAAAAGUUGACCGCGGCAGAAUGAGGCAUUGAUUGGGGGAGAGGCACCCCGCAGAGCACAGUUGGAUGUGUGCCUGUGUUGACUAAAAUUGAUGGAUAAUUGCCAUUGGAUUUGUCAUCAACCUCCUUUUUUUCCUUUUUCUUUUUUUCUUUUUGGUGUCAAGAUUGUGCAUUUUCGCUUGUUCUUAGCCACCUGGAUUUCCAGCUGGAUGUUGCUGUGAUUCAGUCUGAAAUACAAUCAAGAAACUGAGGCUGAGAGAAAGGGGACUCACCCAGAGUCACUCAGCUUGUCAGUGACAGACAACAGUGGAACCUGUGAUUGUCAAACACGUUGCCUGUUUACGCAUGGAGACCACAAUGGAGAGCUAGACCAUUUGAGCUCCAGAAGGACCAACACCAGAUAAAUUAUGAAUGGUGAACAAGAUGACCUUACAUCCACAGCAGAUAAUGAUAGGUCCUAGGUUUAACAGGGCCUUAUUUGACCCCCUGCUUGUGGUGCUGCUGGCUCUUCAACUUCUCGUGGUGGCUGGUCUGGUGCGGGCUCAAACCUGCCCCUCGGUCUGCUCCUGCAGCAACCAGUUCAGCAAGGUGAUUUGUGUUCGGAAAAACCUACGCGAGGUUCCGGAUGGCAUUUCCACGAACACUCGGCUGCUGAACCUCCAUGAGAACCAAAUCCAGAUCAUCAAAGUGAACAGCUUCAAGCACUUGAGGCACCUGGAAAUCCUCCAGUUGAGUAGGAAUCACAUUAGAACCAUUGAAAUCGGGGCCUUCAAUGGUCUGGCGAACCUCAACACUCUGGAACUCUUUGACAAUCGUCUCACUACCAUCCCAAAUGGAGCUUUUGUAUAUUUGUCUAAACUAAAGGAGCUCUGGUUGCGAAACAACCCCAUCGAAAGCAUCCCUUCUUAUGCUUUUAACAGAAUCCCUUCUUUGCGCCGGCUAGACCUAGGCGAAUUGAAAAGGCUUUCAUACAUCUCAGAAGGUGCCUUUGAAGGUCUGUCCAACUUGAGGUAUUUGAACCUGGCCAUGUGCAACCUCCGGGAAAUCCCUAACCUCACACCGCUCAUAAAACUAGAUGAGCUAGACCUUUCUGGGAAUCAUUUGUCUGCUAUCAGGCCGGGCUCUUUCCAGGGGUUGAUGCACCUUCAAAAACUGUGGAUGAUACAGUCCCAGAUUCAAGUGAUUGAACGGAAUGCCUUUGAUAACCUUCAGUCACUGGUGGAAAUCAACCUGGCGCACAACAAUCUAACGUUACUGCCUCAUGACCUCUUCACACCCUUGCAUCAUCUAGAGCGGAUUCACUUGCAUCACAACCCUUGGAAUUGUAACUGUGACAUACUGUGGCUCAGCUGGUGGAUAAAAGACAUGGCCCCCUCCAACACAGCUUGUUGUGCCCGAUGUAACACUCCUCCCAAUCUGAAAGGGAGGUACAUUGGGGAGCUCGACCAGAAUUAUUUCACAUGUUAUGCUCCUGUGAUUGUGGAGCCCCCAGCAGACCUCAAUGUCACUGAAGGCAUGGCAGCUGAGCUAAAAUGCCGGGCCUCCACAUCCCUGACCUCCGUAUCUUGGAUCACUCCAAAUGGAACAGUUAUGACACACGGGGCGUACAAAGUGAGGAUAGCUGUGCUCAGCGAUGGCACGUUAAAUUUCACGAAUGUAACUGUGCAAGAUACAGGCAUGUACACAUGUAUGGUGAGCAAUUCUGUUGGAAAUACCACUGCUUCAGCCACCCUGAAUGUUACUGCAGCAACCACCACUCCUUUUACUUACUUUUCAACUGUCACAGUAGAGACUAUGGAACCUUCUCAGGAUGAGGCACGGACCACAGACAACAAUGUAGGUCCCACUCCAGCGAUUGACUGGGAAACCACCAAUGUGACCACCUCUCUCAUGCCACAGAGCACAAGGUCAACAGAAAAAGCAUUCACCAUCCCAGUGACUGAUCUGAACAGUGGGAUCCCAGGAAUUGAUGAGGUCAUGAAGACUACCAAAAUCAUCAUUGGCUGUUUUGUGGCCAUCACACUCAUGGCUGCAGUGAUGCUGGUCAUUUUCUACAAGAUGAGGAAGCAGCACCAUAGGCAAAACCAUCAUGCCCCCACAAGGACUGUUGAAAUCAUUAAUGUGGAUGAUGAGAUUACAGGAGACACUCCCAUGGAAAGCCACCUGCCCAUGCCUGCUAUCGAGCAUGAGCACCUAAAUCACUAUAACUCUUACAAAUCUCCCUUCAACCACACAACAACAGUUAACACAAUAAAUUCAAUACACAGUUCAGUGCAUGAACCGUUAUUGAUCCGAAUGAACUCGAAAGACAAUGUACAAGAGACUCAGAUCUAAAACAUUUACGGCUACAGAAAACAAACAAUUAAAAAAAAAAAGGACAGUUUAUUAAUAAUGACACAAAUGACUGGGCUAAAUCUACUGUUUCAAAAAAAGUGUCUUUACAAAAAAAAUACAAAAAAGAAAAGAAAUUUAUUUAUUAAAAAUUCUAUUGUGAUCUAAA